UUUUUUUUGUAAUUCUCGUGUAGUUGGCAUUACAAUUUCCUAUUACAAGGUACUGACGAUGUGCUACUGGGACCUAUUCCGGAUGUAAAUCUCAAGUACGUAAUGAGCUAGCAAAGGAAAUUAACGAAUUUCUACUGGAUAUUUGAUCCUUGAGAGAAACUGUGCAGUGUCACUGGUAAUACUCAAUACAAACACGUUGAAGGCGGAGUCAAUUCUAAAAAUAGCAUCAGAGGACACAUCACGUGAUAGAAAUGAAUAAGUCUAAUUAUUACGCUGACGAGGAGCUCCUUCUUGCCGAGGGCGAAGACACAUCAGAGCCGUGGCAUCCCAUUCGAAAUCAACAAGCAGGAGCCAGUGGCUACAGCGAUAAUUACAUCCCAUUAGCAACGGAGGUAGAGAGGAAGAUGCACCCAACAGAGUACAGAGAGUACAGAGACCAUGAGGAACAACAGGAUGGCUUUGAGGAACCCCCUGAUUACUAUACAAGUGUACACAAACCAGGACCCGAUGACGAUGUUGAUCUGUUAGUUCCCGAGCGGGAAGAUGACAGGAGGCCACGCUGGAACAUGGGCAGCAAUCCAUACCAGACGCCAAGAUUCUAUGACGACCGCAUGCUGAACAUGAGCCACGGCUACCCACAGCACAUGUCUGCUAUGAAUUCUUCCAUUUCAAACAAUGUUGUAGUGGUCCAACCUGGCCACUCGAGUGCCACUAUUGUUGUGGAAGAAAUCAAGGACUACACCUGCCUGAGUGUGUUCGUCCUCUUGUUCUGUUGUCUGCCCCUUGGAGUUUGUGCUCUGGUCAAGGCUCAGCAAUCACAGUCUUAUCUGGCUCAAGGCAACAGACUCCAGGCGCAGGAGAGCGCCUACACAGCCAGAAACUUAAGCAUCGCUGGUAUGAUCGUUGGACCAAUACUGACCACCAUCAUAAUUCUCUUGAAUGUGUUUGUCUUCCAUGCCUAUGGCAGAGCUUGAAAAUAAGAAUACAUCUUAUCAUACAUCGUACCACGCAUACACACGCAUAUUCGACAUGACAUUAGCAUACACACCACAGACUCGUGGGCAUCAGGAUGUCAUGUAUACAUCAAGAUGACAUACAGACAUACAAAUGUCAUUGAUGGAACUCAAGAUGUAUAUUUUUUUUCCAUUUCGUCAACACGAUGACAUUACAGAUUUAUAUAGUUCAGGCUUUUUAGUUUAGCACUAAUUUUAUCAAUAUAUUUGUAGUUAACUGCCGUAAACGGAACUCUCCGAUGUAUAUUUUAACAGAAGUGUUCAACAAUUUUUGCAAAUAUAAACAAUGAAAAGUUGAGUUUUACAAAAAAUAUUGGCCCAUUCCCGAAAAGGUUAAAAUUUGUAAAAUUUAUUUUGUAAGAUAAGAGGUAAAAUACGAGAUGAAAAAUCUUAUAAAUUUCGUCUUAUGUUCGAUUAUACUAUCUAUGCUAGCCAAAGUUACUCGUUUAUUUUAUUAAUAAGAUUUUUGCGUAUUGUACUGUUUUAUGGUAUAUGGAUUUAUGAAUAAAAUAAUUUAACCGUUUCCUCUGAACAUAGUUUUUUUUAAAUAAAUAUUUGGAUUAAAAACCUGUUGUUUUUUUUAUAAACACAUUUUGCUAUCAUGCACCUUAGACAGAUCUAUCUGAGGCCAUCUCUGAGGCCAUCGCUGAGAUCUCUGAGGCCAUCUCUGAGGCCAUCUCUGACCUACUUCAAGCAUACAAUGUGUCUUUUUUUUUUAUACUUUUACCUAUCCCUUUGUCUGUUGGACGGUUGGGGCACCAAGCAAGACUCGUCGGCCGUCUUUCUCCAUUCCUCCCUGUCUUUUGCCUUGUUUAAAACCUCUUUCAAUGACAGGCCCGUUCAUUCUUUUAUGUUGUCCUCCCAUCGCUUUCUCUGUCUGCCUCUUCUUCUUUUUCCUGGUACUGUUCCAUGAAGGAAGGUUUUUGCGAGCCCCAAAGAUCUUGUGUCUACAAAAGGCAAAAACGAUAAAACAAAAAUAAAUAAAAAAAAUGUAAAUUUUUGGAAGGCGAUUUUUUACACCAAAAUUUUAUGAACUUCUCUGUCUGUGUUCAUGGUCUCCCCUUCCACAUUCUCAGAUCAAUUUGAAAAUUUGCAUAAUUAUUUAUUGUCUAUUGACAACACACGAAUCAAUGAAAAAAAAGUUAGGGCCUACUACACUAAGGUGAGAUAAUCCUUAUGUGGAGAAUUGGGUCUUUCGUUACAUUUUAAAAACUGACAAAUAUACUAUUGUCGUGAAUUUGUUUAUAUCGAUUGUCGCCCCUAAUGUUUGUUUACAUUUGUGUGAGGUUGUGUACUGACUAUAUUCCGUGUCUUUACUAUGUAUGUAGUUAUUCUCGUCAUUCAGUGUAAUAAAGCUUUAGAUGUUAACUCUUUCUCUCCUAACUGACGAUACCAGCGUUGAUUCCACCAGAAUGUGGUAAAUAAUUACGGAGAGAAAGAGUUAACAUUGUUUUUGUUAUAUUAAAGUACGACUACUAUAAAACCUUCUACUUCUAUAAGUACUUGGAUAGCUCAGUGGCUAACAAGUCCGCUAUCUUGGAGGCUCGAAUUCGAAAUCAGUCGAGCGACUUUUCAUAAAUGUAAUUGUUUUUGAAAAGGCAGCACGGGAGACCUUCUCCCAGAUACCCCCUCUUCCCACACUGCACUGGUCCACAAAAGUGAUCGGACCAUAGCGCACAGAGGAUGCUAGAAGCAUAAAAGUUGUGAUAAACAAAAAUAAUGAAAAUAUUUCCAAUCGCACAAAUUGAUUAUUGUUGGUUUAUAUCUACUCAAAAUAAAUUUCAUGUUUGUUUCAUAAUAAUUGAUGCAAUGUUACUCACUAAAAGCUUUGAAUUUUUUUAAAUAUAUAUUUUCUUGAAUUGUACUUAUUGAACGAAAUAAUAAUAUGCCUUCUCUUUGAGAUUUUAAUACGUCUGCUAGGAAUCAGACUUGUGUUUUAAAGUUUUCUUGUGUUUAAUGUUGUUUUUUUUUGAAGCAAAUCAUAUAAGCUGUUUAUAAACACCUUUGUCACAAAGCAAAACCAACUGAAAAGCUCACUUUUGGUCUAGACUUGUAUGUCGCGAGUUUGUAUACUAGAAUCUGUAGCCUUGUUGAGGCCCUAGUUUUAUUGUUACUAGAUGUAGAAUUAAAAUCGUGUCAUUUCAAAUAAACUAAUAGAUAUAUAUGUAUAUAACUAAUGUAAUAGGCUAACGACUAUAUCUACAACUAUUGUGACUUCGCUGUAAUUUAAUGAUCCUUCACAACUACGUGUACAUAUAAAGUAAAGUAAAGUUCCCCUUUCAGACCUUGUGGUCUAUAGGGCAGAUAAUGUAAAGGUCAUCUGUUUCUGUGGCCUACGGUUAACAAGGGUGUCAUGUGGCCAGCACAACGACCAACCGCCUUUACUUUUCCCUAACUUAUGUCAGGUACCCAUUAGAGCUGGGUAGACUCAGAGGCGCCCGAAGAUCACGAAAUAAAAAAUCCCAGUCUUCACCAGGAUUCGAACCCCGGUCCCCGGUUCAGAAGCCAAGUGCUUUACCGCUCAGCCACAUAUAAUGUUCUAAAAAAGAUUCAUGUGUAUAUAUUCAUAUGUUCAUAUUAUAUACACUUUCGGGGCUUGAAUAAAAGUUGUUACAAAGA